AUGGCGAAUUUACCUAUCAAUCAAAUUGAACAAGUAAAUGAAGAUAAAUCUUCUUCUUCUAUACAUAACAAUCCAUCAAGACGUUAUAAUCUUGAUAAUAUUGAUCUUGAUGAUUCACCAAUCAAAACUGUUCCAUAUCGUUUUCAAGCUGGUUCCAUCAUUGAUCCUAUGACAUUUCAACGUGUUUUAAAUGAAGUUAUGAAUAAAGAAACACAAAAAGAACAACAAGCUCAAAAUUUACAUGAGCAAACUGGUGAUGAUGAUGAUGAUGAUGAUGAUGAUGAUAAUGAUAUGAUAACAGAUACAAAUGCAAAUUUAUUUAAUGAAAGACAAUUCGAUGAAGAAUUAGAACGAGAUCUUCAAAAUUUAUCACAAGUUAUUCAAACUAAUCAACCUAUGAAUGACAAUUUAGCUAGUGAUAUGAUCGAUCAAUUGAGUCAAGUGUUAAGAGUACCAACGACAUUUACAAAUCGAAUGACAACUGUUGGUGAUAAUAAUGAUCAAGCGAAUUCGCCUUCUCAUUUAACUGAACAUGAUAUUCCAAUGAUUUACUAUGGACAUUUGAAUCGACAAAAUAUUGCUGAAGAAUUUCAAUUUAAUUUACAACCUACACCAACUUUAUCAAAUGAUCGAUUCAAUGCCAAAUCAUUUGCUAUAACAUCAUGGACUGAUGUUUCUAAAGAUUUAGUGAUGCAAUAUAUCAAACGUGACUUUGGUUUAGGUAAAAUCCAAUACAUUUGCAUUAGUGAAGAAAUUGGUGAAGUCAGUCAUCGACGUCAUUUACAUAUUCAAGUUAUAUUUACAGACAAAAUUAAUCGAAGAAAACCAUUUGUUGAUGAUGUUACACAAACGCAUUGUAAUUAUCAAGUAACAGGGAAUGAUAUUGCAUGGAAUGCAUACAUGAAAAAGGGUGGUAACUAUAUUGAAUUUGGUUCCUUUCGAUCCCUACGACAACAUAAUGAUCAAAUACAACAAUUAUUAUCAGCAUCAUCAACAUCUGCUCCAGUGAUUUCAACUCGUGCAAUGACAGCAAGAGCAAAAACAGAACAACGACAACAACAAAAUAAAGAAAUUGCACGACAAGCAUUUACAUUAGCUGCAACUAACGUUUAUCAAGCUAUGGAUUAUAUAAUGCAAGUGAUGCCCGAUAAAUUUCUUCCUCAUAGUUCAUGGUAUUUAUCUACAUUUAAUUUUAUUAAUGGACGAAAACAACAACAUAUUCGUGAAACUGAUGAAGUUUAUAAAGAAAAUUUAUGGCCUGAUUCAUUUCCGCAAUGUACACCACAAUUAAAAGAAGUUGUUAAUCGUUGGAUACGACAUCAUUUUCCACGUACGACACGAGCUAAAUGUUUAAUUUUAAUUGGACCAACUGGAACAGGAAAAACUUCGUUUGCAUUAUCAUUACCAGGUUAUGUUAAUUAUUUUAAAGAACGAUGGAAUUUAGAUUCAUGGCAUGAUUAUGCACGUUAUUCGGUGUAUGAUGACAUACCAUGGGAUGAAUUUUUAUCAUUAAAUUAUCCGAAGAAAAAAGGUCUUUUAUCACAAAAUGGCAAACUAAAUGCAACAGAUAAAUAUCGACGAACAGUCGAAAUUAAUGUUCGGCAACCAGCGAUUGUUCUUCUUAAUCCAGAAGAUGCUGGUUCAUUAACACGUGAACCAAGAACUGCUGAAGAACAACAAUCAGCUAAAUAUUGGAAGAAACGAGCAAUUGUUUACAUUAUGGGUCCCGAUGAAUAUUUUAAUCAACGUCAAAGACGAACUACUGAUUCUACUCAAAGUCAAAGUUCGAGUAAUUCAUCGAUCGGAGCCAAUGAACCACGACUAGGUGAUCCAGAUGAAUUUGAAAAAGCAAGACGUCAUCGGGAAGCAGCAAAAAAAUAG